AUGAAGUUCGUGGACUCUGUGGUGUCUCAGGACCCUUCAGUGGUCAAGGAGCUGGUUCAUAACUUGGAGGAGGCUCGGAAAAUGAGUAACGGAGAGAAGAAGCGCGCAUUCACCUGCAAAAAGUCAACAUUCACGGUUCACUGUACCCAAAAUGUCACAGUUGACUCAUGGAAAUUCAUGGACUGGGAUUACAGACGUCCUGAUCUUCCAACCUAUGCCCGUGGUCUUUUCACUACCCGACUAAAGAGUGGCAUCCCCGAGAUUGCGGUACGUGGAUACGAUAAGUUUUUCAACGUGGAGGAAGUCAACGACACACGCUGGAGGAAUAUCGAGACAAAUACUCAGGGUCCUUACGAGCUCAGUGUGAAGGAAAAUGGCUGUAUCAUUUUCAUUGCUGGACUCGAGGAUGACAAGUUGCUGGUGUGCAGCAAGCAUUCUACUGGACUCCGUCCGGAUGUGCAGGUCAGCCACGCCAUGGCUGGUGAGCAAUGGGUAGAACAUCAUGUCAAGGCAGUCAACAAAUCAACCAAAGAUCUUGCGCGAACACUACGAGAAAACAAUCUUACCGCGGUUGGAGAGCUUUGCGAUGACAGCUUCGAGGAACAUGUUCUGGCAUAUGAUGAGGUUGCGGCCGGUAUCUACCUCCAUGGUCUCAAUCACAAUGUACCUCAAUUCUCCACCCUCCCUAGUGAAGAGGUACACAAAUUUGCCGAUGAAUGGGGCUUUAAGAAAGCCAAGUUCGUGACCUACAAUAAGAUCGACGACGUAAAGCAGUUCCUGGAAGAAUGUGCUGAGACCGGUACCUGGGACGGCCGUGAGACGGAAGGCUUUGUGGUCCGAUGCAAGAUGAGCAAUGGUGAAAAGGGACCUGUGCAUGAUUGGUUCUUCAAAUACAAGUUUGAAGAGCCAUACCUUAUGUACCGUCAGUGGCGCGAAUGUACCAAAGCUGUGAUCGGGGGCAAGCUACUCAAAAUCAAAAAGCAUGAGAAGAUCACCGAGGAGUAUCUUCAAUUUGCACGAAGACAAUUCAUGAAGAACCCAAAUCUCACUAAAGAGUACAACCUAAACCAUGGAAUCAUUUCCCUGCGUGAAGAUUUCUUGAAGGAGCGAGGUCUGAAAGGCUCGGAGAUCAUCGCAAUGGAGGCCAAGGAAACAGGCAAGGGAGUUGAGACUGUGAACAAUGUCAUUAUUGCCCCCAUUGCUUCCCUCGGCUGUGGAAAAACAACCGUGGCUCUUGCUCUGGUUCAUCUCUUUGGAUGGGGUCAUAUCCAGAACGACAGUAUCCCCAAGCAGAAGAACAAGCCAAAGAAGUUUGCAUUCGAAAUUACCCAAGAACUGGCUAUUAAGCCAGUGGUAAUUGCGGACCGCAACAGCCACCAGCGACGAGAGCGCAAGCAGCUGAUGGAGGAUGUCUACCCUGUCAUUCCGAAUGCGCAGUUCGUUGCUCUUCAUUAUGUGCACGAGCCGAAGCAUGAGCUGUUUUCCGCCAUCAAGGAAGUCACCCGUAAGCGAGUCUUGGAGCGUGGUGAUAAUCACCAGACUAUUCGAGCUGCCACAAAAAACCGGGAGGAGACCAUUGGUAUUAUGGAUGGCUUUUUGAGCCGCUUUGAGGGUAUUGAUACUACCCGAGAUCCAGAUGAGAACUUUGACCUUGUGAUCGACUUGGAUGUCUGCGCUUCCUCCAGGCAGAACCUUGAGACUAUUGUUCUUGCUUUGCAUCGCGCAUUCCCCAGAGUAGUCACUCGUGUUCCUUCAGCUGAGGAACUCGAUGCUGCAAUCAGCGCGUCUUUGAACGAAUACAAGGUUCAAAUGGACCUGAGUUCGGGAUAUUCCUCCCAGAAUAAGAAAGAGAAGCCGCCAAAGGCGCCGAAAGCUGACCAAGGUGCUACACUCGCACCAGCUCUCUUAGCUCGCAAAAUUGAGUUUUUCCAAAUCGCUCUCGACCCUCAUGAUGUCCUAUCUCCUCUUCAUGCUCUCUUCACCCCCGAUACCCCUCCAGAAGUCUCACGUCUGUACAACCAGCUGGCGAAGCAGCGUCGGGUCCAGAAUGCUUUCCAUGUCACUCUUAUCCAUCGUGCCGCGAGGGAAGAUCGAUCUGACGUCUGGUCUCACUACACCAGACAUUACAUCGACAACCUCACAUUCAAUCCUGUUCCGGACCCUGUUCAAAAGCCACCAACUCUUGGCAAUGCUCAGGUUCGUCUAGAGCGUCUUGUCUGGGAUGAUCGCGUCAUGGCAUUUGUCGUUCGCAUUCUUUCCACUGAUGAGUCUUCUGAUUCUGAAGAGGGAUCAGUUCUGCCUUGUGCUAAUGUCAUUCCUCACAUUACCAUUGGCACUGCUUCGGCUGAUAUCAAGCCAAAAGAAAGCAAUGACCUUCUUGCUCGCUGGUUGGAACAUGGAUCUGGUGGUGAUACUGGAAUCUAUGAAGCUGAAGUCAAAGGUGUGAAGCUGGUGGAAGGGACAGUUGGAUUGACUAUGAUGCGCGGAAAGUAUUAG